GGAGGCAGCGCUGGGCUGCGCCUGCAAUCGGUGCGUUGCCCCUUUAACUGUGUCCCCGGCCCUCGGGCGGCUCUGUCCAACGCCCACGUCAGCAAAUACCUUUUGUUUCUCUCCCGGUCGGGCUCUCGGGGCUGCGGGAGCGGCGCCUCUCCUGCAGCAGCGCCAGCCCCGCCGGGGGCCGGGAUCCCGCACCCACCGCCCGCUCCGUCGGAUCAGCGCCCGCAGCACCCGCCCGGGGAGCGGCGGCUCCGCACGCCGAGCAACGCUUCGUUUCAGCUGCUCUGGAAUGGAGAUUUCUUCUCACCAGUUUCACCUCUUGCAGCAACUGAAUGAGCAGCGCAGGCAGGAUUUGUUCUGCGACUGCAAUAUCCUGGUGGAGGGGAAGGUCUUCAAAGCACAUCGCAAUGUGCUCUUUGCCAGCAGCGGCUAUUUCAAGAUGCUGCUCUCUCAGAGCUCAAAGGAGACCAGCCAGUCAACAACAGCCACAUUCCAGGCGUUUUCUCCCGACACAUUCACAGUCAUCCUGGACUUUGUGUAUUCAGGGAAGCUGUCUCUGACAGGUCAGAACGUGAUCGAGGUCAUGUCUGCUGCCAGCUACCUGCAGAUGACCGACGUUAUCAGCGUGUGUAAAACCUUCAUCAAGUCCUCCCUGGACAUCAGUGAGAAGGAGAAGGAUCGGUACUUCAGUCUGUCAGAUAAAGAUGGCAGUUCCAAUGGUGUGGACCGGUCCUGCUUGUACGGCUCAGGCUGGAGGGCAGAGGGCAGCCCCCCACAAUCCCACUUGAGCCCAGAGCAAGGGACGUGUAUGAUGGGUGGGAAUGCAUGGAGUGGUUUCAGCUACUACCCAACUCCUCCGAGGAACACCUCCCAGCAGCUGUCCAAGCACGAGCAGAGGCAGGACCCCGGGAAGAAGCCCCGGCACCCGGGGCCACAGCCGCCCUCUGACAUCCUGCACUAUAAGCCCAGUAAGCUGGAGGAGAGGGCAGCUGAGCCCAGUGGACACAGUGCUCCGGCCGAGGAGCAAGUUCAGAUUGAAGCAGAGCCUGAAUCCCCUCAUGUGGGCUACCAGUACGGGCAGGGCUCUGAUGUGAUGCCGAGGAGCCUGACUGUGCCGCAGCCGGAGCACGAAUCACCCCGUUCCUCCAGUAAAGUCAAGGCUUCGAAGGCAGAGGAGCAGUACACGAACAUGCCCACCAUCCUGGGAGUCAUGGGCAACUGGGCUGAAGCAGAUGAACUGCCCAGGAUGAGGUUCAAGUGCCCGUUCUGCACUCACGUGGUGAAGAGGAAAGCUGACCUGAAGCGGCACCUGCGGUGCCACACGGGGGAGCGGCCGUACCCCUGCGAGGCCUGCGGGAAGAGGUUCAGCCGACUGGAUCACCUCAGCAGCCACUUCCGAACGAUCCAUCAGGCUUGCAAGCCCAUCUGCAGGAAGUGUAAGCGCCACGUGACGGAGCUGACGGGACAAGUGGUCCAGGAGGGGACAAGGCGUUACAGACUCUGUAACGAGUGCUUGGCUGAAGCUGGCAUAGACAGUAUCCGCAUUGACUUGGAGGCAGAAGCACCCCUGGAAUUCCCACCCGAUGGAGAGAAGGAUUCCAGGUGGCACUAUGGGGAAGACAACAGAUCGGAUGUGGAGAUCGUGGAGGAUGGCUCAACCGACUUGGUUAUUCAGCAAGUUGAUGACAGCGAGGAAGAAGCAGAUGAAAAGGAAGUAAAACCAAACAUUAGGUAGCUGCAAGACAAGAACUAGGAGUUCCCUGUCAGAGGGAGAAGGCACUGUCUUGACAAUACAGCCUCCACCAGCCUGUUGUUAACCAUAUGGAGACAGUGGUUCCUCCUGAGCAGGUCCAGACUUGCAUGUAUCUGCGGAUAUGCCGUUGCAUCCGUCCUGAGUUCUGUGAUCAAAAGACCCAUAUUUGCUUCACCAGAGAUGAUCCAUCCUUAAAUCCUUAAAAAUGGAUGAGGAAGAGAACUGAAGUACUACAUGGAUAACUGUACAGGAGACAAUGGGUCACUUCUCAAACCCUCUUUCAAGAGAGUGAGGUCUAAAUACUUCACAAAGUCGCACACCACGAGAUUGCCCAUUCUUUAAACUAGCAGCGAUGUGGGGUUUCAAUGUAACAUCAUCUGGUGAUGCCAUGAGUAUAAAUACCCUGACACCAGAAUAUAAAGACAACCUCUCUUCAGUAUUCAGAAAUGACGAUGAUCUUCCAUGAAGUCUUCAGAUUAUGAUAAGGAUAAAAAGGCAGCUAAUUGACAAAAAGCAUAUCAAAAUGUUCUAGCACAUUUGUCUGGAAACACACUUUCUUGUAACCUUUCUUAGAGUCUGGAGAUUCUUUAGCAGAUGGUUCGUUCAAGACCUAUUUACAUACAAGAGAAUAAACACAUGAAUGUUAGUCCUAGUCAGCACAUCAGAGAGCAAGUGGUCACAGAUGAGGAUCAUUACUUGAUGCCAGUAGAUGUUCUGUUCAUUCUGGAAAUUGGGAACUCAGACUGGGCUCUCUCUUAAUAAGGACCAGUAAAAUACUUGCUGGUUUUUAAACACCUCUCAGAAGUGCCAGACUGCCGUGGCUGGUAGCCCUGUGCUUGCUGAUGGCAGUGUCAGCCUCUCCAUGCCGCCGUGAAGGAAACAGUCCUUCAAGGUUACUUUAGUUGGUGUUUUCCCUUUGUCCCCUCUUUCAUUUGCCAGUCCUGGUGGCAGAGCAAUUUGUACAGUAUAUACCAUAGCACCAGACAUGGAACCGAGGAGACCCAUCUGAAACCAUUGACAGCUCUUGUUUGUAUUGACCUGUGCUCAGGUUAAACUGGUGAGUUUUAAGAUGGAAUCAUUAUCAGUUUCUAUAUCCCCAGUGUCAUUCACUCACCAGGAGAAUAUACUUUAACCUUUCCCAGUCUGUACCAUAUGCCAAUGAGAAUGAGAUGUACCAGGAGCUCUAGACAUGAUAUUUGUGUCAUUUCACUUACAAUUAGACUCCAAGAAAUGACUAAAGGUGAAGCAAGUUUACGUCUAUAAUGAAACCAGCCACUUGGGUUUGGUACUUGGGGAGUUUACGGUAUAAAUGGGAGAGGAGCAGAACAAUGCUCCUGGGUGCUGCUACUCUGUGUUUGCUUGGGCAGACCCGAGCAUGAGCACAGCCUUCAUCCUGCAACCAUUGAACUCAUGCCUAUAGGCUUAGAAAACUUUAAUUCUUUUCCUUUAUACAAGUUUGUAAGCAUGUUUGGCUGAAAACUGGGAUUGAUUACAGACAAUCCCAUAUAUACACUAUAUAAUCUCUUUGCCAGGGACUGCUCAAAAGUCACUAGUUUAUUUGUGUAAAAACUGUAUGGCUUUAUCACUAUCAUCCUUAGCAGAGAGCAGCAUUUCCGUGCCAAGCUGCAGAUGGCAGCUUGUGGGUCUCGCACAGCAGAUCGAGUGUGUCAUGCUAAGUUCAGUGGAAGCGGUGAGCACUCUUCCCUUGGAGAAGCAUCUGCUUCAUCUGCUCCAUGGAGAUGAGAUAGGGUAUUUUGAGUGUUCCUACAGGAAUUAUCAUCUGUUGGCUUAGCUUUGGGAUGAGGGUAAAGUGUGGGGGCUUGGAAAUCUUUCUGGUGACCCAUAUGGAAGCAUCUUUUCCACAGAAGGCUUACAGUUGUCUUGAUUUUCUGUUCCACUUGGGUCAGGAGUCCAUAGAGUGGACUGGAUGGGACACCAGCAGGGUGAUUCCUUGGAGCUAAUUACUCCCCAAAUACAUAUUAAUAAAUGGCUGAGAAACAUUCCUGAGCAACCUCAACUAAAUCAAAUAUAGAGCAAAGAAAUAUAUGAGUGAGUGUGGAAUGACUUUUAGCACAUUUCAAGAGAGAAUGCUUGCUGAUAUCAAGUUUAAUAGAUCUUUCCAUUUCCCUUUACAUGAAACACAAUAAACUGAAGGUAUCUGUACCUGCUGUCCCAAGGGGGGGCUGGGAUUAGUCUCUGUGUGUGUUUGGGGAUGGAUUAAGGGGAGGGGAAAAGAAAGUGCUGCUGUAGGUGUGAAAUCUGAGCUGCCAGCUAUAAAGAUGAGGCUGCUCCUGAACAGUGGGAGCAUUCUUAGGAGCAAAGGGAUUUUGAGAUCAAUACUCAAACUAAUUGGGUACCAUAAAUCUAAGGAUGCUGAGGACCAAAUGCUUCAGAAAAUGAUGUGAAGUGGCUAUUAAGUGGGCAGAUGGAACAAUCUAUCCAUAUGAAGGCAUUUCCUUCUGAAAUACAGGCAGAUUAAUCUGGCAAAUAAGGGGGUUACAGCUCUGAUACGUUAUUUGCAUUCUCAGCAGCAUAACUAGAUGGCUGUAGUAAUGUUUAAAGUAUCUUGCUAAGCUGUAGCUCCAGGCUGCCAUUCCCACAGGUCAGCUGUGGCUUGUGUUUUAAAGAGGUUACCAGUUUUACAUUUGUUGCCUUCAUUUCAGUUGUUGGUCCCUUAUUUUUGUAUUGCAAGACAAGAUAAAUGUUAAGUGCCUUCUGUUCUUGAUGUCCUUCAUUGUACAUAGCCAGUCAUAUAUUUUACUUGUCCUUCUCUUACAUGAAAGUAAAUCCUCUCUGUUUUCUGCUCA